AAUGAAUCUUUCGAAAUGGCUGAACCUGAAAUAGUAGAAGAUUUUUAUGGAGUCUACCUCCUAUACAAUAUAAACCCCAAGUUUAAGGGACGUACUUACAUUGGGUAUACGAGGGAUCCAAAUAGGAGGAUUAUGCAGCAUAACAGAGGUACUUGGGCCGGCGGUGCGCACAGAACUAGUAAUAGGGGUCCUUGGAAAAUGGUAUUGAUUGUUCACGGGUUCCCAAACAACAUUUCAGGAUUAAGAUUUGAAUGGGCGUGGCAAAAUCCAAAUAGAACAACAAGAUUACAGCAUUUAGAUUUAAAAAAGAUACCUCGUAAAGAAUCCGAAUUUCAAUUCAAAUUAAGAGUCCUAACAGAAAUGCUCAGAGUUGGUCCGUGGUGUCGCUUGCCUUUGGUCAUAAGGUGGCUUGAAAACGACUACUUUGUGAAAUUUCCAGACGACAAGAAUCCUCCAGAUCAUAUGAUCAUCUGUCAUGGGCCAGUAAAGAGUAAAAAUUUCAAAACUAAGAGUACGAAUUCGCAAGUCCAGAUAAUAGAAUGCUUAAUAUGCUCUGGAUAUCUAAAAGAUAAUGAAAAAUUAUCUUGCACAAAUUCCAACUGUGAUUUAGUCGCUCAUUUAUGCUGUUUAGCGGAUAUCUUUCUUUCACCUGGAGAAUUUGUACCUAUCUCCGGUACUUGUCCGUUUUGUGAUGUUAAAUUGAAAUGGGGAGAUUUAGUGCGAAAAAUGAAAGGAUGUAAUCAAGUCAUCACAGAGGAUGUUGAUGAAGGUGAUAAGAAAAUUAAUGAUGAAAUGGAUGAUGAUGACGUAGUCUGUACUCAAGACAAGGUGUUCGUUGAUAAUCAGUCCUGGUUUUUAGAUUGUAAUCAAGUCAUCACAGAGGAUGAUGAUGAAGGUGAUAAGAAAAUUAAUGAUGAAAUGGAUGAUGAUGACGUAAUCUGUACUCAAGACAAGGUGUUCGUUGAUAAUCAGUCCUGGUUUUUAGAUUGUAAUCAAGUUAUCACAGAGGAUCGUGAUGAAGGUGAUAAGAAAAUUAAUGAUGAAAUGGAUGAUGAUGACGUAGUCUGUACUCAAGACAAGGUGUUCGUUGAUAAUCCGUCCUGGUUUUUAGAUUGUAAUGAAGAUUUAUGACAUAAUAAAUGUUUUUAUAGCUAA